ACAAUAGCACAAAUAUUCCUGUGUCUCUGCUCACUGCUGGCUUCCAACGCUAAAUAAAAUAUUUUUGGCAGCUUCGCUUCACUUCACCACACUCCCGACUCUCUUUCUCAUCUCUGUCUUCUCACUGCUGGCUUCCAACGCUAAAUAAAAUAUUUUUGGCAGCUUCGCUUCACUUCACCACACUCCUCCACAUCCCGACUCUCUUUCUCAUCUCUGUCUUCUCCAACGGUAUCUCUCUCUCUCUCUCUCCAAUUUCCCUUCAGGAACACAUAUAUCUAUACAUAUACAUAUAUACAUGUACAGUAGGCAUUUCAAUUUUGAGGCACCACCAGUUCUGAAUUUUUAUCUGUGUGUUUUGUGAGGUUUGAACUGAAGAAGCAGAGCAUGGGAGCUUAUUGCAACGACGACCUCACUUUCUCUCCGAAUUACACUUCCCCCUCCUCCCGUGAUCUCAGAUUCUGCAAGCACGUCCAUGACAACGUCCAUGGCAACAUUUAUCUCGAUCCGAUCUUUCUGAAGUUCAUAGAUACUGAAGAGUUUCAAAGACUUCGUGAUCUUAAACAACUCGGGAUGGCACACAUGGUUUAUCCAGGGGCUGUGCAUUCUAGGUUUGAACAUUCUCUUGGAGUGUAUUGGCUUGCUGGUGAGGCUGCUCACAAGCUUAAAACUCACCAACGGAUGGAGCUUGGUAUUGACCACUUUGAUAUACAAACAGUGAAACUUGCAGGACUCUUGCAUGAUAUAGGCCAUGGGCCUUUCAGUCACUUGUUUGAACGCGAGUUUCUUCCUCAGGUUCUCAAGGGCUCUAAAUGGUCUCAUGAGCAAAUGUCAGUGAAGAUGGUUGACCAUAUUGUCGAUGAGCACCAUAUAGAAAUUGACUCUGAAACCAUCAAAAGAGUUAAGGAAAUGAUACUUGCUAGCUCUGAAUUUGCUCAGACCAAGAGCACAAGGGAGAAGCAUUUCUUGUAUGACAUUGUUGCAAAUGGUCAAAAUGGAAUCGAUGUUGACAAGUUUGAUUACAUUGUUCGUGACAGCCGAGCUUGUGGUCUUGGAUGCAAUUUUCAGUUUCAAAGGUUAAUGGAAACAAUGCAAGUUUUGGGUAAUGAGAUAUGCUAUCGUGCUAAGGAUUAUCUGACCAUCCACAAGUUAUUUGCCACUCGUGCUGAUCUGUACAGAACGGUCUAUACUCAUGCAAAAGUAAAGGCAAUAGAGCUCAUGGUUGCAGAUGCUUUGUUGAAAGCAAAUGAUUAUCUGGAGAUAACAGCUCAUGUUCAAGAUCCUUCUCUAUUCUGGAAGUUAGAUGAUACAAUAAUAAAAACAAUUGAGACUGCUCCAGACCAAGAAUUAAAAGAAGCCAGAGAUUUGAUCCUUCGCAUUCGCAGGAGGGAUUUGUACCAGUUUUGUAAUGAGUAUGCCGUUCCCAAGGACAAUAUUGUAAAUUUCAAAGAUGUCACAGCGCAGGAUAUCAUUUGUUCACAGAAAACUGGUGGAGUGAUUCUGAGAGAAGAGGAUGUUGUUGUAAGCAAUGUUAGGAUUGAUUUGGCAUGUGGGAGGCAUAAUCCUCUUGAGAGCAUCAAGUUUUUCAAGGUAUGUAACCCAAUUUUAUUGCAGGAACUCUUCAAGGAUUACGAUAGUGAGGAGUUGUUCUCUAUUCCUGAUGACCGAAUUAGCCACUUGCUGCCAACAUCUUAUCAAGAUAUGAUAGUGAGGGUGUACUCCAAAAAGCCAAACCUGGUAGGAGUGAUUUCUGAGGCUUUCGAAAAUUUUCAGUUAAAGACAUAUGGGAUCAAAGCACAGGUACAUGCAACACCAGAGAAGAAAAAGCGCCGCAUAUGAGAUAAUCAUUAUUGGCAUUGCCUUUCACCUAUUCAUUCUUUUUUACCUAGAAAACAAACAAAUUUCCAGUUCCAAACAAUCUGAGUAUUGCAAUACAGGUCAUACGUCAUACACCACUCAUAGAUGCAUGUGAUUUUUGCUAUUCUGUCUGGUCUCUUUAAAAUUCAAAUUGGAUUACUAAGGGGGGCUGCUUUUGUUUUGUAAAACCAGAUUGUAAACUCAAUCUCUAUUCUUUAGAGAGAAUUUUUUUCUUUUGAAAUUAAUCACAUUGAACUUUUAAAAAUAAA